AAAGCGAGGGACGAUGACGUCAGCUCGUUACCUUGGCGUUGCUCGGCAGCGGGGUUGCUGGUAGUUGUAGCACACAUGUAUCCGAAACAUUAAUAAAGAAGUUUUUUAUUUGAAACGAAUGAUGUCUUGGGUCAACGCUGUGUCGCACAGUGGCGAGGACGUGUUCGACGAGAGUGCGGUCGACCUUAAUCUUCAGAGUAAAGAGUGGAACUCCAACAUGAAGAAGCGACUCAAGGAUGGUUAUGUGGACGGAGUCAGUGCCGGGGAGGAGGCCGCGCUUCAGCUCGGGUUCGACCUGGGGUUCAGGGAGGGAGCCGCUCAGACUGUGGCCGUGGGCCGUCUCAAAGGAAUCGCAAGUGCUAUAUCGUGCUGGUGCCAGAUCCAGCAUCCGGAAAACCCCGUUCCAGCCUGUGUCACUGAGCUCCUGCAGCGGGUUUCGCAGCAUGAAGACAAAAUCACAGAAGGUAUCAGGAAGGCUUUGGAGAAUUCACCUCCCAGUGUUAGCGACAUCUCAGAGAGCAUGGAGGUUCUGGAGGUGGAGCAGGCAGACCAAGGCUGUUGUGGAGAGAGAUGUGAAAUGGACCAGGAUGCUCCUCACCAGCCAAGAAAGCUUUGUUCAGGGUCCACUGACUGCUCUUCCUACUCAGAUGAAGGUCUGAGCCUCCUUCUGCAGCAUUGCAUGGAUGUUGUUUCAGAGCUCGGACUGCCGCACGAGCUGGUCAGUCACAUACAGGAGCUGAAGAACAUGUAGUUUCUGAAGAUCAAGGUCCAAAUUCACAGCAUGUUCGAAGUAGGAUGAUACUUGAACUUUGAACUUUGAAACAAAUCAGGUUUAAGUGUGAAUUUCUUACACUGCAAUUAAGUACUUUUAGUGUAUAUAAUGUAAAAUAUGAACUUUCAUCAUAGUAUUUUUCAAAUGUUUGAAAAUAAAAAUGGAUAUGCUAUAUUCUUUUCUACUCACACACUUGUUUGUUUUCCACUGAAAUUACAAAUGUAAUAAUUGGUAAUACAUAUUUUUGUAACAAUGAAUAGAUUAAUUAAUUUGCUGUAAUAUCGGAAAAUAUUUGGUCUCUUGCAAAGCACGUGUCCUUCUUUAUAUUUAUAUAAACAAAAGCAUUAUCAAACAAACCCACAAUUGAUAUUUAUAAACAGGUUCCCAUUAUCAGCAGAAAAGUAACCGAUAAGGUUAAGCUUCAGAUAUCGUAUGCUGUUAAUCACAUUUUGUUCCAGAAACAUAUUUCCUUUUGAUUGGAUGCAAAAUUAGUAAAGGGUUAUAACACUAUAAUUUGGUUGUAAAGCUGACAUUUUAACUGUUGAAAAAUGUUAAUGGCCAACAAUUAUGACUUCUGCCAUGAACACAUAUAAUCUAUGUUUUGCCUUGUUUUCAUUCAUUAUUUGUUUAUACAGCUCGCUCCACUCAUGGGUGCCCAAAGUUGAGUUAUGGUUGUUGACCACCAUGGAAUUAAACACACCUACUUACAACUGAAUCAUAGUGUGUAUAAACCACGGAUUAUAUACUGUUUAAUAAUGCUAAAUAGUGUGACUUAAAGUGAAGUGUUACUAUAACAGAGCUUUAACCACAGCAAAUCAGUUGAAAACACUCCCUUAACGAUUUUCUAGCCAAUAAUAUACCACACAUUUAAAAGGAUUACAACUAACAAUUUCCUUCAUCAGCUAAUCUCUUAAGUACUUUGAUGAUUAACUGAUUAAUUGUUUGGUUUAUUAGAAGUCAGAAAAUAGUUUAAAAUGACCCAGUGAUCUAUGAUAUGAGUGUUGCAAUUUCCCAGAGUAAUUGUUUUCUUCUGUCUAACCAGCUGUAAAAACAAUAAACCAAGGAAAGCAUCAAAUAAUCAAACUUUA